GGCGGCAGUUGCAGCGGCCCAGCAGUAAAAACCAGCCGAGCAGCGAAUGACUGAAGUCAGCUGAUCUGCAGUCUGCUGUCACGCAUCGCAGCGCUCGUCGUUUCUCUCUCGAGGCAAGACAGUAAACCACCACUUCACAACCAGACGUCAGAAGAAUAAUCCUGUGAAGAUGGACAUGUCCAAGCUGCCCAAGGUCAGAGAUGAGGAGAGAGAGAGCGAGUUUGGAUACGUUCAUGGAGUCUCCGGACCAGUGGUGACGGCUACGGCCAUGGCGGGAGCAGCCAUGUAUGAACUGGUUCGUGUCGGCCACAGUGAGCUGGUGGGAGAAAUUAUCAGGUUGGAGGGAGACAUGGCCACCAUCCAGGUCUACGAGGAGACGUCCGGUGUGUCUGUCGGAGAUCCUGUGCUGCGAACGGGGAAACCUCUCUCCGUGGAGCUGGGCCCAGGAAUCAUGGGAUCCAUCUUUGAUGGUAUCCAGCGACCCCUGAAGGAUAUCAACGACAUCACACAAAGCAUCUACAUCCCAAGAGGAGUAAACAUCGGCGCCCUCAACCGAGACCUCACGUGGGAAUUCACUCCCAGCAAGAGCCUGCGGGUCGGCAGCCACAUCACAGGAGGAGACAUCUACGGCAUGGUGCAUGAGAACUCUCUCAUCAAACACAAGAUCAUGCUGCCUCCCAAAAACAGAGGCACCGUCACCUACGUGGCUCCUCCCGGAAACUACAGCAUUACCGAUGUAGUGAUGGAGCUGGAGUUUGAGGGCGUGAAGGAAAAGUUCACCAUGGUGCAAGUGUGGCCCGUCAGACAAGUGCGGCCCGUCACAGAGAAGCUGCCCGCCAAUCACCCGCUGCUGACCGGACAGAGAGUGCUGGAUGCCCUUUUCCCGUGUGUGCAGGGAGGAACCACAGCCAUCCCAGGAGCUUUUGGCUGUGGUAAGACUGUCAUCUCCCAGUCCCUGUCCAAGUACUCCAACAGUGACGUCAUCAUCUACGUAGGCUGUGGAGAGCGUGGUAACGAGAUGUCAGAAGUACUGCGAGACUUCCCUGAGCUGACCAUGGAGGUGGAUGGAAAGACGGAGAGCAUCAUGAAGAGAACAGCGCUGGUGGCCAACACCUCCAACAUGCCUGUAGCUGCCAGAGAAGCCUCCAUCUACACAGGAAUCACGCUGUCUGAGUACUUCAGAGACAUGGGAUACAAUGUGAGCAUGAUGGCCGACUCCACCUCCCGUUGGGCCGAGGCUCUCAGGGAGAUUUCUGGCCGUCUGGCUGAGAUGCCUGCUGACAGCGGUUAUCCUGCCUACUUGGGCGCCCGUCUCGCCUCCUUCUAUGAACGUGCUGGAAGGGUGAAGUGUCUUGGUAACCCUGAGAGAGAGGGCAGCGUCAGUAUUGUAGGAGCCGUAUCACCUCCUGGUGGUGACUUCUCUGACCCCGUUACUUCAGCCACACUUGGUAUUGUUCAGGUGUUCUGGGGUCUGGAUAAGAAACUGGCUCAGAGGAAACACUUCCCCUCAGUGAACUGGCUCAUCAGCUACAGCAAAUACACUCGUGCCCUUGAUGAAUAUUAUGACAAGCAUUUCGCUGAGUUUGUGCCGCUGCGCACCAAGUCCAAGGAGAUCCUGCAGGAGGAGGAGGACCUGGCUGAGAUCGUGCAGCUCGUCGGAAAGGCAUCGCUGGCAGAAACAGACAAGAUCACCCUGGAAGUGGCCAAACUGAUCAAAGACGACUUCCUGCAGCAGAACGGCUACACUCCUUAUGACAGGUUCUGUCCAUUCUAUAAGACAGUGGGCAUUCUCUCCAACAUGAUCGCUUUCUACGACAUGGCACGGCACGCGGUGGAGACCACAGCUCAGAGCGACAACAAGAUCACCUGGGCCAUGAUCAGGGAGCACAUGGGAGAAAUCCUCUACAGGAUCAGCUCCAUGAAAUUCAAGGACCCGGUGAAGGACGGCGAGGCUAAGAUCAAGGCUGACUACGCGCAGCUGUUGGAGGACAUGCAGAACGCCUUCCGCACGUUGGAGGAAUAGGCUCCGUGCCUCUCACACCUUUCCAGUUUUCAUCUCUGACCCCUCCACUGCAGAAUCACAUUCCACCUCCUCGUAUUCCCCCGAAAUCUGUGUUGCUCCCCUGUGCUCCUUUUGUGAGUGACUGUGUGAGUGCAAUUUCAUGUGGAGGGAAAAGAGAAAGAUGUACUGUAUUCAUUAUUAUUUGUUGCCUCAUAAAGGCCGACUCUGGAUCCUCUGCAUGGUCAUUGAUUGUGUGUAUGUGUGUGUGUGUGUGUGCGUGUGUGUUAAUGUGCGUAUGAAAGAGGGAUCUCUUCGCCCCCGUUUCUUCCUUUCUCUGUUUACAUUUCUGUCUGUAGCUGUGUCGCUCUUCCCGAAGAGGAUUGAUGUAUUGUAAUUCAAAGACCAUCUGUACAGAAGAGUAUUGAAUAUAAAUUUAAUAAGAUCAGUCUAUUUAUUGCCAGCAUUUCAACGUGAAGGCUUUGUUGCUCUUUCUUUUUGUUUUUAUGGUUGUGUUUUCAUGCUGUGCAGUGUUGUGUACUUUGCUGUGUGAAUGUGUAAGAGUCCGGCGAUCAGCCAAAUACUGUCAAAUACUUUCAUCAUGUUACUCCCAAAGAAUUCAAAUGUGGGGGAAAAAAAUAAUAAAGUGUGUCUGCCUGUUUGA